AUGCAUUGCUCACGCCAUUACAUCUUCACAUUUCUUUCCUUAUGGUGGAGCAUAGGAUAUGCUGUUGCCGAUGACCAUGGAGUUGUGUUUCUUUAUCCACCGAAAGAUCUUACAGUCAACUAUCUCGAUACGAUUAAUGUAACCUAUACAUCUCUAUUCCCUGAACCCCAACUUUGGAUUUUCUGCCAAAAUGCUUCGGAUCUUACAGCUCCAUUAAUCACUGAAGCUCAAACUACAGUCAAAGCCUACAAUGGUACUGCACCCAUAAACUUCAGAUGGUUAGGUGGGUCACCGUGUUGGUUUGAUCUGAAACCAGACUCCACGGGUGGUGCAGGUGCCAAUAGUCCGCAUUUCACCGUGGAGCAGACUCAGCGUGCGACGCCGAUAACCUUGGGAUUGUAUUCGACGACGUCAACUACGACUUCAACCUCGGCGACAUCCACUCCAACUACUUCGUCAGAUAGCAGUGCUGCCACCACGACAGCUGCAUCAAGUCCGACCGCCUCUUCCGAUGCUAGCUCCAACACUAGUUCAGCUUCUACAUCUCCAACUUCAGCCGCCAAUUCGAAUAAUGAUAAUGCACCAACGGGCGGUCUUUCCGGCGGAGCAAAAGCAGGAAUUGGGAUCGGCAUUACGAUAAUAGCGCUCUUGGCAUUAGCGGCAGGACUUUUCUUCUGGCGGCGAAAGCGACAAGCAAAGAAAAGCGAUUACACGGUUUAUCCAUCAGAUGUGAAUAUGAACGAAAAAAUGACAGCGGUUGCAUCAUCGGCGGAUUAUGCGCAGAUUCAGCCACAGGAACCGACGGCUUUUGAAAUGUAUGCUCCGGAGCAUAAAUUUGAAAUGCCUGUGUCUCACCCUGUGAGGGAAUUGAGUGGUGAUGGGUAUGGAAAGACGAGGUUGGCUUGA